AUGGCAAUCACCUCCUAUUGCCUCUUUUAUAACCAUCAAUCCAAUCAUUCACCCCCAACUUAUGCUUUCAUUUCAUUCUUCAACAAUCGCCACCGUCUCCUCUCUUGGUACACCCAUCUCCUCUCCCAAUCGCCCUCACAAACCGUCCUCAUCCGCCGCCUUACUCCUCCCAAAACCAUCCUCACCGCCAACCCCCAAAACGUUGAAUACAUCCUUAAAACCAACUUCAUCAACUUUCCAAAAGGAAAGCCGUUCACCGACGUCCUCCAAGAUUUUCUUGGAACCGGCAUUUUUAACGUCGAUGGAGACCUCUGGCUUACUCAGCGCAAGUUAGCAAGCCAUCAGUUCACCUCCAGAUCAUUGAAGCAACAUGUCAAAACCACCAUUGUCCAGGCCGUGAAAACCAAGCUUUUCCCGUUGUUGGAUUCGUUAGCCGCCUCCGACACGGCCGUCGACUUUCAGGAGGUGUUGAGAAGGCUUGGAUUUGAUAUUGUUUGUAAACUUUCAUUAGGGUUCGAUCCUUGUUGUUUAGGAGACCAACAUUCUUUCUCUCAUCAAGUACCCAUUUUGAAAGCAUUCGACACGGCGGCCGCAAUAGUUGCAAAACGGGCUGCGACACCCAUCUCCGCCGUGUGGAAGUUGAAGAAAUUUCUGGGAAUUGGGUCGGAGAAAGUUCUGAAAGAUUCCGUUCUGGAGAUUCAUGCAUAUAUCACUGAAAUCGUUGAUGAAAGAAAGAAAAUCAUCAUCAAUUCCGAGGAAAACGAAUUAGAUUUAUUGAGUAGAAUGAUAAUGGGUGGCGUGAAUGAAGAACUGAUCAGAGAUAUGGUGAUAAGUUUCAUCAUGGCCGGACGGGAUACAACGUCGGCGGCUAUGACAUGGCUGUUUUACAUGCUUUCCCGGCAUACCCACGUGGAAGAAAAGCUUGUAAGCGAACUAGCGUUUCAAUUUAAGGAUGACGAAUGUGAAAACCUUAAAGAAAUGAAAUAUUUGCAGGCAUGUCUUUGUGAAAGCAUGAGGUUAUACCCACCGGUUUCUUGGGAUUCAAAGCAUGCCGUCGACGACGACAUGUUACCCGAUGGAACGCCGGUGAGUGCCGGCGAUAGGGUGACGUAUUUUCCUUAUGGAAUGGGAAGGAUGGAGAAGUUGUGGGGGGUGGACCGGUUGGAGUUUAGACCGAACCGGUGGUUUGAUGGUGAAGCGGAUGAGAUGGGAAGGAUGUUAGUUUUGAAGGAGGUGUCGGCGUACAAGUAUCCGGUUUUUCAUGCCGGUCCGAGGGUUUGUCUUGGGAAGGGGAUGGCGAAUGUUCAGAUGAGUUAUGUGGUUGCUUCUAUUGUGAAGCGGUUCGAGAUUAGAGCGGUAGGGUCCGAGGAGGCAGUGUACUUGCCAUUGUUGACGGCUCAUAUGGAGGGGGGAUUCAAGGUGUGGAUACGGAGGAGACGGCCAACUAUUGGUGCCACGUGUCGACAUGAGUAUAAUUUGAGAAAGUGA